AUGGAAGUAAUCAAAUGUGUCGUUCUCGGUGAUGGUGCUGUUGGCAAGUCCAAUCUCCUCAUUUCCUACACUUGUGAAGGUAUCUUUCCAGAAGAUUACGUUCCCACCGUAAUGGACAAUUAUUGCAAGACCGUACAAGUCUUCCUCCCAGAAGAAAAACCGCACACUCACCACCAUCACAACGAUACAUCGAGCGUGAACAGUUUGAACUCGUCGUCAUCGGUUGGCGCCAACCAUCAACAACAACAACAACAUACAACCAACAAUAAUAUUAAUAAUACUAAUAAUAAUAAUAAUAGUAAUAAUAAUAGUGGUGGUAGUAGUAGUAAUGAACAGAGUAAUUCACCAGCUUUGAAUCAGUCAGCCUCAUCCACUUCGGAAAAAAAGUUGACCAUUGUAUCAUCACAUGCUUUGAAUAAUUCAAACAUUUCAACUGGAGGAGGAGAAGAAAAUCAAGUUUUAGAAACAGAGGAAGAUCAUACCUUGCUAACACCAACUUAUAUUUCUCUACAAUUGUGUGAUACAUCGGGUCAAGAAGAAUAUGAUCGAUUACGUUCUGAUCUAUCUGAUUAUGCUUCUGCUGAUGUAUUUUUGUUUUGUUUUUCAUUGGAUAAUCCUCAGUCAUUGGAAAAUCUUCAUUCCAAGUGGUAUGAUGAAGUGGUCAAUUAUUUCCAAACUCACAAACACCAAGGAGGAGGUGUCUUAUCACUUUUUGGAGCUAUAUAUUCAUACUUUGGUUUUGGAGGUGUGACUUCUAGUACCAACACUGAUGAAACCAGCAAGGAAGGUCACAACAUUACAGACAACUUGCCACCAAUCAUUUUGGUUGGUACCAAAUUGGAUAAAUUAAAAACAACAACUGUGGAAAUAACCGAAUCAGCAACAGGUCAAAUAUUGGAAAAACCAAUUUCUACCGAUACAAGAAGGAGAAAUAAUUCCAUCUAUCACAUGUUUGGAAAUGUGACCAAGAUAAAUGAAGCUCCACAAUUAUUGAAAAUUAGAGAACAAGCUCUCCAAGUCAAGAAGGAUAUGAAGGCAGUUGCCUAUGUGGAGGUUAGUUCAAAAACAAUGGAAAAUAUCAAUGAAAUGUUCGAGGAUAUUGUCGUUCCAGUUGUUUUGAAGAGAAGAAAAGAAAUGGAAAAGAAGAGAAAGGGUACUAUAUCACCAGGUUCUACAACUGCAUCUUCAUCAUCCAAUCAGUAG